CAUAGCAACAACAACCUACCCCAUGAUAAAAAAAAGUCCCCCAAAAUUAUCUCCACUAUGGACAUCUAACCAGCAUAUAAAUGAUAACGCUACUGCCCUUGAUAUCUUAGAAAAGCUCCAAGGGGUCAGACGUCUUCAGCUUAUCAGUCACUCACUGGACAUCCCGGAGAGAAGUUAUAGGCAGCAGAACAUUGAAGUCAAAAUGUCCGGUGUUGUGACGGUGUUGGUGGCUAUAGGCCUACUAACGGUCGUUGGGGGAAUAAUCUAUCGGCGACAAAGUGGCCGGUGUAAAAGUACGCGAAGAAUGGAUGGAAAAACGGUCAUUGUGACUGGGGCUUCUGCAGGAAUCGGACUUGCCACAGCCGAGGACCUAGCUCGUCGCGGUGCAAGGGUCAUUAUGGGUUGCAGAAACGCCGCCAAAUCCGCCAAAGUUGCACAGGAAAUACGCGAGAAAACGGGCAACCAGGAAGUGCAUGUCCGCGCGCUCGACUUGUCCGACCUCGACUCCGUGAGAGAGUUCGCGCGGGAAUUCAAAAAAACGGAAAAGCGGUUGGAUGUCUUGAUAAACAACGCAGGAGUGGGCAUCCCUGAUAAGAGACUGACCAAGCAGGGGUUCGAGCUGACCAUGGCCACGAACCACUAUGGCCAUUUCCUGCUCACCAAUCUGUUGCUUGACACAUUAAAAAACAGCGCUCCGAGCAGGGUGGUGAGUGUGUCCUCAGUGGCUCACAAGUACUGCUCCAAGGUCGACCUUGACGAUCUUAAUUUUAAUAAGACUCCUUAUGCGGUCUUCCCGGCCUACGCGCUCUCCAAGCUCUGCAACAUUCUCUUCACUAAGGAACUCACUCGCAAGCUCAAGGGGACAGGUGUGGUGGCCAACUCCCUGCAUCCCGGUGUGGUCGCUACGGAGGUUUUCAACAAGGAGAACACGUGGUUGGGGGCCUUCCUCACUUUCCUCGUGGGGGUUGUGGGCAAGCAACGUGACGGGGGCGCACAGACAAGCAUCUACCUUGCCGUGGCCGAGGAAGCACAAAACGUGUCUGGAAAGUACUUCGUGGAUUGUAAGGAAAGCGAAUGUCACCCAUCAGCUGAGGACGAGGGACUGGCGAAAAAAUUGUGGGAAGUGAGUGAGCGUGAUGUGAAACUGCAGCCCGGUGAGAUGUUCUACUAAUGUCUUUCCUGAAUGGAGCAGCAGAUCGUCUGUGUACGUUGUAGGUGAUCACAACGGGUUUUCUGAAUGAAAGUUAUAAUUUUAGGUGUUUACUCACUCUUUUACCUCAGUGUCUAGAAGAAUAAAUGGCAUAAUGAUAUGAAAUGUUAAGAAAUAAAGUUUAUCUGACUAUCAUAUUUGUUUGGUGUCAUCGUGUAUAUCACUUUGUUACUCAGUUGCUGCAAGAGUUCUGUCAAUGAGAAAAUUCAUACUCAUACUCAUAUAUAAGAUCAGUUAUAUAUACUUGAAUAGUUUUUUCAUUGGUUUCAUCACUUGACUCAAUUAAAAAUAAUGCAUUCCAUUUGUAGAAUUCACCUCACAUUGCCCAGUGUUUACUCAAGGCAGAGAACUGCUGAUACAUUAAAUAUUUCAUAUUUCAGCAGAUAUAUAGCAAUAAGUAGAGAAAUAUAAGCAAAAGGUCCUAAAGAAUACAAAGUAGAUAGAUAUAAAAAAAUUAGUAAAAAAUCAGAAAUGGAUUUUUGUUGAACUAUAGGCCUACAGCCCAAAUAUGAAACCAAGGUACACUCCAGACAAGGUGUUGCUAGUUCUUACACUGACGACAAAGGGUUGCUUGAAUCCAUAAUGAAUAAAGUCAAAACAAUAUCAGGAGAUUAAAAUAUACUCUGAUGAUUUUAUAGUUAAAUAGUAUUAUUGUCUCAGGUGGUGGAGAGUUACUUCUCUCUAGUAGAGAAAGGUUAGGGUUUGCGAAGCUUAUCAGAUUCAAAUACGAGGUCCUGAUGAAAAUUCAGCUAUAUCACGAAUGCCCAAAAAAAUUAAUAACUGGGGUAGGUAAUGUAAUACAUUUUCUGACACUCAAAAAUUGUGUAGAUUAAGAAACAAAAUAGAAUUAUGGGACAAUUGCUCAUGUGGCACAACAAUUAACAUGAACAAUGGUUCAUUGGUAGCCAUAA